AAUAGAUGCGCACUAUUGGAGCACACAACAGCUAGGACAUUGGCUUUGUCAUGAUGAAUAUAGUCCUCGCGCGUCUCGUACAGUAGAGAUACCCGCGAGGCUGUCGACGCGAGUUGAGAGUCACGCUGUCGCGAUACAUUUUCUGAGGCGAUUCCGCGAUUAAAAACGUUAAGUAACGCUGGCUACGGAUACGCGGUUAUCGAGACGAAGGAGAUUUGCAGUACUCGAGAGACGUUCUAUAUAGGACAACGGAAACGAUAUAGCAAUAUCGCAGAAUAGAGCGCGUGCUAGCAGGAUAUCGACUGGCCAUUCGAUUCCGAAAGGGACGCCAUUUGUUUUGGCGGGCACGUGUAUUAUCGCCGGCGCGAACGAGUUCGUUGGACUGUAGAUUCUACGCUAAUCGUACUUAUGAACAUCAUUACGUCAGAAAUGGAGUCCAUGGACAUAGCAGCAGAGCCUACUACUGUGAAUAAAAAUGUCAAUGUACAAUCAUGCAGAGAAUCCGUAUCUGUUGACGAUAUGACAUCGAGAGACUAUUAUUUUGAUUCCUAUGCUCAUUAUGGAAUACAUGAAGAAAUGUUAAAGGAUGAAGUACGCACUGUGACGUACCGAAAUUCCAUGUAUCACAAUAAACAUCUCUUCAAAGGGAAGACAGUUCUCGAUAUUGGCUGUGGAACGGGUAUUCUCUCCAUGUUUGCAGCUAAAGCUGGUGCAGCCAAAGUCAUUGGUAUCGAAUGCUCCAAUAUCGUUGAAUACGCAGAAAAGAUAGUAGAGGCAAACAAUCUGUCCUCUGUCAUAACGAUACUUAAAGGAAAAGUCGAAGAAGUUUCAUUACCCGAUGGAAUAGAAAAGGUUGACAUAAUAAUAUCCGAAUGGAUGGGCUACUGUUUAUUCUACGAAUCGAUGUUGGACACAGUGCUCUUUGCCAGAGACAAGUGGCUUCGUGAAGAUGGUAUGCUCUUCCCUGAUAAAGCGACAUUAUUCAUUUGUGGGAUCGAAGAUAGACAAUACAAAGACGAGAAGAUUAAUUGGUGGGACGAUGUGUAUGGAUUCGACAUGAGUAGCAUAAGGAAGGUGGCCAUUAGUGAACCACUAGUGGAUGUUGUUGAUCCAAAACAAGUUGUUACAAAUGCAUGCCUAAUUAAAGAAGUUGAUCUGUAUACAGUAACGAAGGCCGAUCUUGAGUUCUCGUCACCAUUUACUCUUCAAGUCCGCAGAAACGACUAUGUCCAAGCUUUAGUUACAUUCUUCAACAUCGAAUUCACAAAGUGCCACAAACGUAUUGGCUUCAGUACUGCACCGGAAGUGCCAUACACACAUUGGAAACAAACCGUCUUUUAUUUCGAUGAAUACAUGACAGUGAAGAAGGGGGAAGAAAUAUACGGCGUAUUCUCGAUGAGGCCCAAUGCCAGGAAUUACAGAGAUCUGGAUUUCAGCAUUGAGUUAGAUUUUAAAGGAGAGUUGUGCCAAGUACACGAGACUAACAAUUACCGUAUGCGCUGAUAUAUAGUGGACUGCGCGUCUCUUUCCACUUUUUUCAUAACUCAUUAAAAAGUCAUUUAAUCAAAUCUGAAGUCGAUUUCCUACAGUAUGGAACUAUAAAUUGUCGCGUUUAGACGGCGUGUAUUGAUGACAGUAUGUCAGUUGUUAAACUGACUUUAGCAGUUCUUUAAUUUUAAAAGACAUGGAAUACUUUCUGAUUAGACAUUUAAUAUAAUGACUUUUAUAAAUAUUUUCUUCUGUAAACG